AUGGAAAUGGGUUUUAGAGUGAAGUUAGAUGAUUGCGGGGGAAUUAUGUGGUAUGGAUUCAUUAAUACUUGUUUAAAAUCAUUAGUAAUGGAAAAAUUUGGGGAUGAAGCAUGGCAAAAGUUAAAAAGUUUGGCUGGUGUUCAGGAUACAUUUAUGACUUAUGAAGUUUAUGAUGAUGUUAUUACAAUACGAAUGGUUAAAGAAGCUUGCAAUAUGCUUAAUGUAUCAGAAGAAGAAGUUUUAAAGCUAUUCGGAGAAUAUUUCUUCUCCUUUUGUAAGCAAUCUGGAUAUGACAGAAUGUUAAGAACAUUGGGGGGAAAUCUAAUGGAAUUUAUUGAGAAUCUAGAUGCCCUUCACAGUUUCCUGACACUCUCUUACAAGGAAAUGAAUGCACCAUCUUUUCGAGUGGAGAAAAAAAAUGAUGGAUCCAUGUUUCUUCAUUACUACUCGGACAGAAGUGGAUUUUAUCAUAUAGUGCCAGGGAUAAUAGAAUCUGUGGCAAAAGAUUUCUUUAACAGCGAAAUAACCAUGAGCAUUGUCUAUCAUACGAAGGAGAAGGAUCGCACUGGGAAGCGUGAACAUGUUGUAUUUGAAAUUCUCCAGAAUACAGAAGCUCAGAAGAAAACAAUGAGGACGAGGCUAAAUUUAGAGGAUAAAAUUAACUUUCUUCAAGAUCAGAUAUUAUCUUGCUGUCCUGUAAAGAAGUCCCAUUGGGAUAUCAUAAGGAAUGUGGUCAUGUUCGGAAGAGGAAGUUUGCUAAAUUCUUUCCAACCAGUAUAUCCAGACAGAUUGUGGAUGGACGAGAAGGCAUUUUGUAAUGAAUUUCCUUUCCAUAUUGUGUUUGAUAAAGAGCUAAGGGUAAAACAGUCUGGAGUGAACAUACAGAAAUAUGUUCCUGGAAUACAGAUAAUGGACAUCAGGCUGGAUGAAUAUUUCACAAUUGUGCAUCCACAAGUCACAUUUACCAUUGCCAACAUUCAGACUUUUACCAACAGUCAGUUUGUGUUGAGAACAAAGCAGGAAAUGAUGCCAGAAUCCUGGAAGAAGCAACCAAUGUUGAAACUUAGAGGGUACAUGAUUUGGAUGGAAUCCAUACAAUGCAUGAUCUACAUGUGUUCUCCAAAACUACGCAGCCUACAGGAACUAGAAGAGAGAAACAUGCACAUUUCUGAUAUAGCAAAACAUGAUGUAACCAGGGACUUGAUCCUACUGAACCACCAGAGACUGGCUGAGAUAGAACUGACCAACCAGCUGGAGAAGAAGAAGGAAGAGUUACGCAUCCUGUCUAAAAACCUGGAGAUCGAGAAGAAGAAGACAGAGACCUUGUUAUAUGCCAUGCUUCCCCCUCAUGUGGCCAAUCAGCUAAAGGAAGGCAAGAAAGUCCAAGCAGGAGAAUUUCCAACUUGUACAAUACUCUUCAGUGAUGUAGUGACAUUUACAAACAUAUGUUCUGCUUGUGAGCCCAUCCAAAUUGUCAACAUGCUCAAUGCAAUGUACUCAAGGUUUGAUCAUCUUACAAAUGUCCAUGAUGUAUACAAGGUAGAAACUAUAGGUGAUGCAUAUAUGGUGGUGGGAGGUGUUCCCAUACCUGUGGAAACUCACGUGGAGAGAGUUGCAAAUUUUGCCCUUGGCAUGAGAAUUGCAGCCAGAGAAGUUAUCAAUCCCAUAACUGGAGAUCCUAUUCAGAUCAGAGUUGGGAUUCACACAGGGCCUGUAUUAGCAGGAGUUGUUGGUGAUAAAAUGCCCAGAUACUGCCUAUUUGGAGACACUGUGAAUACAGCUUCCAGGAUGGAGAGUCAUGGGGUUCCAGAUAAAAUCCACCUUAGUCCAACAACUUUCCAGGCCUUGAAACACAAGGACUUCGACAUCGUGGACAGAGGAAUUAUUGAUGUAAAAGGGAAAGGGAAAAUGAACACAUAUUUUCUAAUUAAGAACUUGCUUCUAUCUGAAGAGGAAAUUAUGGGCAUGCCAAAAUGUGAAGACCCUCAGGCAGAACAUAAUCUGACUGCUGUUUUGGAUCAACUAGGAACUAGAGAGGAUUAUGUAAUAAAUGGAACAGAAGAUGAAGUUGCAUUGGACCAGAAGACCAGCGAUACAAACAAUCAGCCCUCAACCACCGCUACUUCAAGAACAUGCCGUACACUGGACACUAGUUCCACUAUUUUCCCUGCCGGCAUCAGUAAGGACAUCCUGGAGGGAAAGGAUGUUAACCUGGCCUCCCUGCUCAUCUCGGUCCACAAUCUGGCCGAGAAUAAAUCCUACAGCUGGGGGCACUUGUUCGUGGUUCUGAAGGCCAAAGACCCCAGGCUCAAUCGCAGACUGUCGAUCACCGGGUUUGUGCUGGCUUUCAGCAUGUAUAGGGAAGUGUUGUGCUCGGCCAACCCCGGCAGGAGGAAAGAGAUAGAUUUGUACCGCCAUAGUGUGGUUGACAUAGGAUACAAAUACGGAGGCUCUGCGUUUUACGGCUACCACCACUCGAAUUGGAGCAUCAUGGACACUGAGCUGUUCUGUCGCCACUUCUCCUCCAUGCACACAGCAAACUGGUGCUCUAAUAUGGACGCCAGACGCAGCAGCUCAGGUCUGGGGACACACCUGGGUGGGGCAGACCGUGGUCUUCUCCACGGACAACUUAGCCACGGCUGA